UUGGUGAGAUUCUUGAGAAGCAAAACAAGUUCAGUCUCUUCAAGUUUACCAAACUAUCAAGUUAUAGUAUGUAGAAAAUAGUGAUUUAAGUUUUUUUCUUCCUCUUCUCUUCUUCUUCUUCUUUAUACUAUGCAUCCGCUUGAUAAGUUGAUACACAAUGUUACAACGAGAUGCAAUCACACUCGGAUUACAAUUUUUGUAACGUGCCUUUUUGUGAUACAAUUGUCUACAAUGUGCCAAUUAAUUUACGCAUCACCUUUAGCAAAUAAUCCAUUCUCUGGAUAUUCACCACAUUCAUCGUUUGAUUCUCAUUUUAAAUCUUCUGUUUUACGUUCACCAUCAUCAGUGUCAUCUUCAUCUUCUUAUUCAGUGUUUUUACCAUCACCAGCACCUUUGUCAUCAUCAUCAUCUUCAUCUUCUUUCCAUUCAUCUCAAUUUCCAAUUGUGGAUUCAGCCAUUUUAGAUUAUUAUGUUACUCCAAAUGUGACCAUUAAUUUUACGCAUAUUGCUUAUGAUCAUCGAAGUGAUCGUCUUUAUGUGGGCACCUCUAAUUGGUUGUAUCAAUUUAAUGCUAGCCUCGAAGUUGAGGUUGCAGUAGAGACUGGUCCAGUUUAUGACAGUCCAUUAUGUUCACCAAGUGAUUGUACGAGUAUUGAUAAUACCGUGUUAACCACCAAUUUUAACAAAGUUCUAGUCAUUGAUGAAAAUUCCAAUAAAUUAAUUGCCUGUGGUUCUGUUCAUCAGGGAGCCUGUCGUCGCCAUGAUUUAGAUAAUAUUGCCUCUAAAGAGGAAUUGGUUCCUGUACCUGUAGCAGCUAAUGAUGAAAACUCUUCAACUUAUGCCUUUAUCGGUCCAGCCAGAUAUUAUAAUCAACCGGUAAAAUCUGUUUUGUACAUUGGAACAACCAACAGUCGCCUUGGUCCUUAUCGUGAUUUUGUACCCGCCAUUGCCAGCCGUAGUCUUGAAGAGGGUCCCAAAUUGUUUAAUAUUAUUGAGAACUCUUUUUCCGAUACAACCCUGGUUGAUAUUGAAUCUCAUCUCAAAGAUUAUUAUCUGGUUAAAUAUGUGUACGGUUUUCAUACAGAUGAUUUUGUCUAUUUUGCCACCGUUCAGAAGAAAUCCCACCUUCGUGCACUUGAAGAAUGGGGUUAUGUCACUCGAUUAGCCAGAGUUUGCUCUUCGGAUGCAGCAUAUAAUACUUAUACCGAAGUUACCCUCUCAUGUUUAGGACCUGAUGGAACUGAUUACACUCUUCUUCAGGAUGCAGUUACCAUCAAAGCAGGCAAAACAUUAGCUGCUGAUUUAAAUGUUAAACCUGGAUCCCAAUUAUUUAUUGGUAUUUUUUCAACACCUAAAGAUCAUACAUGGGAACCAGCUUCCUCUUCUGCAGUUUGUGUUUAUUCAGUGGCGGAUAUUGAGAGUAAAUUUAAUGAAAACAUUCAUUUGUGUUAUAAUGGAAGUGCACUUACUCGGAAUAUGGAUUAUAUAGCUGGAAAUAUUAAAGAUUGUCCAGAACCAGGAAGUGGUAAUGUGGUUAGCUUUUGUGGUGAAACAUUAAAAUUAAAUGGUUCCAUCCCGAUAAUAUCAAACUCAGCCAUUGUUUACAACGAAACAUUGACAGCAAUUACAGCUUUAACAGUCGACGAGACAAACGUUGCAUUCAUCGGAACUUCCAGAGGUCGCCUUAAAAAGGUUCUUCUUUCUCAUGCCAAUCAAGGUGAAGAAUUUGGUGAAAUUACAAUUGACCCUGAACAUCCCAUUUUAUCAGACAUGUACAUUCACUCCAAUCAUCGUUACCUGUAUGUUGCAUCACCUUAUAGAUUGGCAAAAGUUGAAAUUGAAAGUUAUCCUGGAUUAUCUGAAUCUAAUUUUGUUAAAGAUGAAAGAAACUUACAAAGAUCAAGUUCAAGUGAACCUCCACCAGCUCCAAGCAACUUUAAAGCUUCUAUUUUGUCAUCAAAAAGUGUUAAUUUUUCCUGGUCAUCCAUCCAUUCAUCACCAUCAUCAUCAUCAUCGCCAUCCAUUAACGGUUACAUCAUUCGUUACUGGAGAGUUUCCGAUUUAUCUCGCAGUGAUCUAACCAAACAAGUGAACAUCUCAUUCCCUGCAACAAACUAUUUGAUCUCAAACCUUGAACCAGGCUCUAAUUAUCAAGCUGAAAUAAUAGGCUUUAAUGGAGCUGGUUUAGGUUUACCUUCUCGUAUUGUAAGAUUUGAGACUCUUGAAGAUUCACCUUCUGGUCCACCAACGAGUGUUAAAACCUUUGCCCGUGGACCAAGUACCAUAAAAGUUAUAUGGAAACCUCCAUCUCGUGAUAAAUGGAAUGGCAAAAUUUUAGGUUAUCAUGUUUGUUAUCGUGCACUUGACUCAUCAUCAUCAUCAUCAUCUUCACCUUCAUUUACUUGCCAAACAACCCACGUUUCAUCUUACUCGAAUAGUCAUGAAUAUGUUUUAACCUCUUUGACCAAGGGAACUUCAUAUUCCAUCACAGUUAAAGCCUUUAAUUCAGCAGGAACUGGACCCGAAUUUCCUGAAGUGAUCACUAAAACAUUACUCGGUGAGCUUCCUCCAGCUCCACAUGUAAAUACUAAGUCAACCUCAUCUGAUUCACUGACUAUCAAGUAUACAAUCAACAAUUCACUUGCUCCCAUCUCAAUGUUUCAAUUAAAUUAUAAAGAAUCAAAAGACGAUUAUUGGCAGCAAAAAAAUCUCCCCUACGAUGGAUCUUCAACCUUCAAUGAAUACACUUUAACCAAUUUACAUCCUACAACCAUUUACAAAGUUUACAUGACUGCCACCAAUCAGUUUGGUGUCUCUGACCCUAGUCCCAUCAUUAUAAGUAAAACAACAAGGUCAGCCCGUGAUACUCUUGCCGGUGAAUCCUUGCCCGAUACCCAAACUGGCCGUGAAAGUGAGGGACGAAAUGGUUCCCUCAGUGGGACUCCAAUGUCUGACAUUGCCAACGCUUUGACCAUUGUGAUCGGUCUUGGAGCCAUUGUGGUUGUCUUGCUCAUAGUGUUUGUAUAUUCACGUAAAAUCCGAUCCAAAGGAUCAGCCAAGACUAGUUUUGAAUUUUGUCAAACCUAUCAAACUGGUAACCUUGCCUACAAUCCACCAUCAACAAACGGUUCUCACCUUCAUCAUCCCCUUCACUCACCUCAUCAUCUUCACCAAACAUUUGGCUCUUCCAGCCCAGAUUACAAUGAUGACACUGAUCGAACUCUUUCCCUGAUUAACACACCCAUGAUGGAUACCGUUGAUCGAACCAUGUCCCUAAUGCAUGGUUCAUUGGGAGUGACAACAAUCAAUCAAUUAACCAGUCCUUAUUCAAAGAUACUUAUUGAGACAGAUAAACGCAAUUCAACAUACCUUUGCUCUCGUCACAUCUAUGAUUAUCCGCAAUGAAUCGGAAAUUCAUAAAUUUGAUUGUAAUCAAAAAAAGCUAAAAAAUUCUUUCCAAAAGAGCAAUUGGUUUUUGCCUUUGACAACCACACACACACAUCAAAAGUCCGGUGCAAAAUAGUAAAGAAUCAUUUAUUAACAUUUUAUGGCCAUUUUAGUCAUGAUAAUGAUUAUGAUUCUUGAAGAAAAGAUCAUUUUCCGAAAAGUUGAAGAAAAAAGUUAAAUGGCUGAUGAUGACUACCAAGAUGGUCAAGAUAAAAACAAAUCAAUCUCAAGCUGAAAUGAAGUCAAAAAGUAUGAUAAAAGCGCAAAGUAGCAUACUAUUGGAAGCUUGUUCUCACUGAGUUUAAGUACAGUGAUGAUACAGAUUAUUUAUAAAAGCAAGCAAGAAAAAAACUUCAUGUUCAUACUCAAAUUGAUAAAUUAACAAAUCAAUUACAACACUGAACGUGCCUACGUAUUUGUAUGGACCUGUUGUAAUUAUCUUUUUGAUAUGGCUAUGUGUGUGUCUUCAAGAUCUCUCAUCUUCUCUCCCUGCCCAAACUAUUAAAGAGUGAAGUAAAUAUUAUAUAAUAUUAUAAAUAUGAUAAAUAAUAUUAUUUUACUUCAUUCAUUUUGCACCAAAUUGCCUCACCAGAUAGCUACAGAUAUAAUCUGUAAUUUUAAUCAAUGAUAAAAACAACAAAGUAAAUGAUGAUGAUGAUGAUGAACAAACAACAUGGAGAGCAAAAAACGAAACGAAAUUUUUGUAAGAUGAAAAAAUUGAUGGACAAAAUUAUCGUCUGGUAAUUCAUCAUCUCAUUGUCCCUUGUCAAAGUUUUCAAUGGUGUUUUUGCUGUUAACUGCCUUUUUCCUUCUCAAUGUCAUAGUCAUGAUUACAAACAGGGUUUGAUCUCUCCACCCAUUUAUCCACCAAUUCUGGGAGACCGACUAAAGAGGAUACUAACGAUCUGUCAACGGAAAACUUGAUUUACAUGACCUGGCGCAGUCAUGUCCACAGUAUUUAGAGCUUCUUAAUCUUAAUUCAUCCGUGAAUGACAAAAAAAACCACCACCACAAUUGGCUUAUCCGCAUAAACACACACACACACAGACAACUAUCAACAGACCACUUUAAUUACCAAAUUACACACACUGUAUACAACAACUUCUGAAUAAGAUCAUCUUUAAAAGGUUACUCUCUUUUGACAAGCAAACCUUUUCCAAGAUGAGGAUAAUGAUGAUAAUUAUAAUUAUGAUGAUAAUAAUAAUGGUGCUGAACAAGAUGAUGGAAUGACGAGGAAUUAAUUUGCGUCAAUGAAGCCCAAGCAAUUGUUUCAAAAGCUUACAAGGAAACUUAAUAGGCCCAAGAAAAACGAUUUCAGGAACAAGAAGAAGAAAAAAACAAAGAAAAAGCCUCAUUUUUUAUUCUCAUUUUCAUCCCUCUCUUCCCCAUCUUCCUUCUCUUCAUUUACUCUCUUUCCAUUAUAAAGAACCUUGUUUUUAUCAUCUUUUACACUGGAAAACAAAAUCGUCAACUUGAUCAUCAUUUUCAACCUUCUUAUGUGUUCAGUGUCUUUGGUACUUUACAUGUGUGUGUCAACUUUUGCUUUCCUCCCUCUACUUCAGGUGUAAAAAAUUGACACCAUUUCUUGAUCUUCCCUUGUUUGACCUUUGGUAAAUACAUAAUGUACAUAAAACCUAUCUUGUUACAACGGUUAGUUUAUACAAAUAUAUAUUCAAUUUUAUUUUUUUUUA